CCCCCACGGCCCCCGGAGAAUCCAGUUCCUUCGCUCGCCACUGUUUCUGCAUCAACUUGCCUCGUUAAAAGGCCAGUGCGCUAUGCUUGCCCAAUUGCAACUUCCUAGCUCUUCCCUAUCCUCCUCAACUUCUUCUACUCAGCUCACACACACCAGAGAGAGAGAGAGAGAGAGAGAGAGAGAGAGAGAGAGAGAGAGAGAGGUGCAAAAGGCUCUGCAGAUUAUUACUAAGCUGCAGCAAAAAUUCAGAAGCGUCUAGAUAGGCAGCUAGAAACAAGACAUAGUUCUUCUGCUGCUUCUUGCAGCGAUCGAGUGUGCUGUGUGAUGCUCACGGCGGUGGUGAUCUGAGCCAUGAACCAGUUCGUCCCUGAUUGGAGUAGCAACAUGGGAGACGCCUUCGGGCCAUUGGGCGGCGAGGACGACGGGCUCAUCGAGCUGCUGUGGUGCAAUGGCCACGUGGUCAUGCAGAGCCAAGCGACGCGGAAGCCGCCGAGGCCCGAGAGGGCGGCGGCCUCGGCCACGGCCACGGCUCUGGGGGUGCAGAACGACGAGGCGGCGGCGUGGUUCCAGUACCCGGUGGAGGACACGCUCGAGAGGGACCUCUUCUCGGAGCUCUUCGGCGAGACGCCGACCGACGCCGGCGAGGCGUGCAAGGUGGAGUGCGGGGACGCCACGGUCACCGCGCCCCAGAGCGGGCUGAUGCCGCCGCCAAGGCCCGCCCACGCGCCGCGGGAAAAGGCGCGCUUGGAAGACGUCGACGGCGUCUCGGGCGGUGUCGUGGCGAAGACGGACGGCGGUGAGGGCACUGCGGCGACGGAGACCGGUGAGUCGUCCAUGCUGACGAUCGGUUCGAGCUUCUGCGGGAGCAACCACGUACAGACGCCCCGAGCCCGCGCACCGGGCGACGGUGCGCCGCCGCUGGGGAGCGGGAAAGCCGACGCCAGGGCCCGUAACGCGGCGACGGUGACCUCGUCGUCGAUGCAGCCGAGGUCCUGCGCCGCCAAGACCGGACUCCCUGGCACCGCCGCCCACCGGAGCGGCAAGCGAAAGCAGCGCGACGCCACAGAGACCACGGUAUGCUCACUACUGAUCGUGAUCUUGUCGCCGCACAAUCACACGGGCACACGGCUAGCAAUCGCUGAAACGGCCUCAAUGCAGGAUGCGGAGUUCGAGUCCGCCGCCGUGAAGUGCCAGCCGGCGCAGAAGCUGACGACGGCCAAACGACGGCGCGCCGCCGAAGUCCACAACCUCUCGGAACGGAGGAGAAGGGACAGAAUCAACGAGAAGAUGAAGGCCCUACAGGAGCUCAUACCUCACUGCAACAAAACGGACAAGGCGUCGAUGCUGGACGAGGCGAUCGAGUACCUCAAGUCGCUGCAGCUCCAGGUGCAGGUGAUGUGGAUGGGCGGUGGCAUGGCGGCGGCGGCGGCGGCACCGGUGAUGUUCCCGGCGGGGGUGCACCAGUACAUGCAGCGGAUGGCCUCCAUGCCCAGGAUGCCGUUCAUGGCGUGGCCGGCCGUUCAGAGCCCGCCGGUGGGCCACAUGCCGGCGGUGGCCGACCCCUACGCGCGCUACCUCGCCGUCGACCACCUGCAGCCGCCGUCACCCAUGCAUUACCUGCAGGGGAUGAGCUUCUACCAGCAGCAGAACCCGUCGCCGCCGCCGCCGGUCGUGCCGGGCGGCGACUGCAAGGACGUUUCCUUCUGACGACACUCUGCACAGAAAAUACGGUAUGCAACUAUCCUGUCAUGGAACACAGGAAUUCCACGGUAAAUAGCUCGAACUGCAUGAGAUUCAUGAGAAUUCCUAUGUUCCCAACGAGGCCUUGCUAUUUCUGAAGAUUUACCUAGUAUGUGGUUUCAGGAGAUCUUGUUCUCAGAUUUCAUAUUCUUUCUUAGGUUUAAGUUGCAUUGCAAUGAUUCUGCUCAAAGCCAUUGGUAAUCUUGUUUGCUUUUACCAUCUGCUUAUACCGAAACCAAAGAAUAUUUGAUGAAACAGGAGAACAGAAUGUGUUCUUGCUAGUGCAAGAACCAGUCGUUUUCGGGCAUUUCAUGCUCGAAAUUACUUUGUUGGUCACAGUCAGCUACAUGCAUUGCAUCCAUCCGCGUCAAACUCGAAAACUCACCGACCACAUAUCUCUUGUGGAUCCUUGGAUAGCUCCAUCACAGAGUUCUGAAUUUCUUCUUAAAUGCAAUUAUUCAUCCCUGACUUUUCCCUCCCUUUUCCCGAAUUUUGCAGAAAUUUGUGGCAAGGCUGAGAUCAAGGGUAUGACCAACUGAUUGGUGUUCGAUAUGUAUGUGUAGUUAGUAAAUAGUGAUAGUUCUGAUGCUGUCUGGUUGAGACUUGAUCAACCUGACCGAGAUCCAUAUCUAAUUAAUCAUAGGGUAAUUUGAGAUUUGUUCAAUCCCUUUACUGAUCUUUUUCCCGUUUGAUCGGUGAUUAGGCACUGUAAUUUGGAUCGGUGAUUGGCAUUUGUCAAGUGAUGAAAUUCUUUCUCACUAUGUAUGUAUUGUUAUUUCUCUUUUA